AUGAAUGCAACUGGUGAUACAACAAAACCUAUUGUACCAAGAUCAUUUAUAUUUGCGAUAAAUGUUCAAACAAAAUUAUAUUCAAUAUCAAUUGCACGAUUAUUCGGAAAAAUUCAACCUGAACGUUGUUCAAUUAAGUAUCAACACGGUGGUUGUUGGAUUACAUUAAUUAAAUUAGGCUCAAUGCCUUGGAUGAAUAGAGUUUGUGACGAUCUUAGCCCUGGAUUGGAUAUUCAAGAAGAUGAUAAUCAAAGUCCACCAACAUCAGCUCCUCCUGAAGAAGCACUAUUAAAAGAUACUGAUAUACCACUACCAUUCAAUUUAGUUCCUCUUGCUUCUUAUUCAUCGUCCCAAUCAACAACAAAAAAGAGGCCAGCACCGCCACCACCAUUCAAUGUAAUUUCUAUUGCUUCUUCUGCAUCUUCUCAGCAAAAAACAAAAAAGGGACCAGCUCCGCUUCCACCGGUCAAUUUAGUUCCUCUUGCUCUUUCUCCAUCGUCUCAACCAAAAACAAAAAAGAGGCCAGCGCCGCUCCCACCAACUAAUUAA